AUGCAGGAGGAUAUGGAGUAUGAUGCCCUAACCAUUCGGGCCCCUCAGCGGUCUCCCUGGUAUACCCACCUGUGGCCCGCAUGCCUGGGUCGUGGGUGCUUGGGUAGAAGACAGCAGCGAUUUCCUUUGUACCUAAUUGGGUACGAUCCCGUGGGCCGAUUACAAAGGGCGGCCAGUGUGGGUGAUGUCAAAUUAGUCGAGAGAUUGAUCAAUGCCAGUGAACACCGUGUUAACGAGUGCGACAGAAGGAGCAGGAGUUCACUGCACUACGCCUCUGCCCAUAAUCAUCCUAAUGUAGUAACAUUGCUAUUAUCCAACGACUGUACCGAUAUUAAUAUGAAGGAUGAUGAAGGUUGCACUCCCCUAAUUAAGGCCGCCCAGCGGGAUAAUGUAGAAUGCAUCUCUAUUCUCCUCAUGCACGGGGCUGAUCCCCACAUUGUAGAUGCCAAUGGCGAUGCUGCCCUCCACCACGCCAUUUGCAGAGGGAACAUACCAGUUGUCAGCAAACUGCUGGAGUAUAAUGUAGAUAUUAAAGCCAAAACAGAAUACGGGUUGACACCCUAUAAACUCGCUUUGUUUGAAAAUCAACUUAAAAUGGCGGAGUUUUUAAUUGAAAACGGUGCAGAUGCACCUUCGGAGCUUACACCAAAUAGUGGAGGAGCAGCUGCAGUAGAAUCAGAACAAGCAAUGAAAACGUGUGCCAACUCCAACAAAGGUAGUCGAAGACUAAAAGACGAGGUCUCACUCAGUGAAGGAACAAUGACAAGAGAGCCAGAGCAGAGAAAGAAAAAGUGUGUCACCUUCAACAAAGAAAUACAUUACAAUACUGAUAAGAAGCCUUUUUGCAGCGGCGUACGACCAUCUGGAGAGCUGAAAUCAAUACUUAAGAAGUCUCUUCAGAUCAGUGGAGAUAAUGGAAGAAAUCAAGACCAGAUCUCACUCGGGCUCUCUGAAAACCCUCAUGUUACAACAGAGGACAAGGCCACCAACACUACUAAGGAGGAUAUUGACAACUCUUCCUCCAGGUACACAAUCAUACAGAAACAAAUUUUGUAUUCCAAGAAGAUCGCUGCAAUGAAGAAGCGGGACCAAGAAGGUCUUAGCAAAUCAGUAAUGGACCUAAAUAGUCUGGGAGAGGCACUGCCUGAAUUCUCUAGAAAGAAAUCAUGCUUGAUGUCCUGCUCACGGCACCAGCUAUGCAGCGAAUACUCCCGUCAUGGUUUUUCCACUUUGGGCAGCAACCACAUCCUUGCUCCUCCUAACAUCGUCAAUGUGGUUGCUGCAGUUGGUGGCUUUGACGAUGCCGUGGAUAUGGAACCUAAUUUAGAAAUCCUGCACAGUUAA